AAGAACACCCAAGAUAAAGUGGCACGCGCAAGCAAUCUUUGCGUUCCGGCAAAAAGAAAAAAAAAGUGACAAGAUGCCUAACCCAAAUCCCCAGUACAUGAACGGCUCGCCGUCGCCGUCGCCGUCGCCGGCGUCCCGGGGACGGUGGAGCUGGGGCUCGGCCCUCGUCGGCGCGGCCUCCACGGCGGCGGCGGCGGCGGUGCUGCUGUGCCGGCCGCGAGACCCGAGCUUCGAGCUCAUCUCCAUCAGCCUGUCCACCUUCCACUUCCGGCCGCCGGCGGCGCUGGACAUCGGCCUCACACUCACCGUCCACGCCACCAACCCCAACGUCGUCCCCGUCCGGUACGGCCCCUCCACCGUCUCCAUCCUCUACGGCGGCGGCCACCUCGGCACCGCCCACCUCGACGCCGGCGAGCAGCCGCCCACCUCCUGCCGCCUCCUCCACCUCCCCGCCCGCCUCGACGCCGUCGAGCUGGCGCACCACGCCCGCUCCAUCCUCGCCGACACCGCGCGCCGCCACAUGGAGCUGGACGCCGCCGUGAAGAUCGCCGGCGAGGCCGCCGUGCUCUUCUGGUCCCGCCGCUUCUCCGUCCGCAUCGACAGCCACAUCGUCGUCGACCCCGUCUUCCUCGACGUCAUCGAGCAGCAGAACCACUCCGAGAUGCAGCUCUACCUCACCUGAUUCCAUUCCAUUCCAAUUCU